UGUUUAACCUCUAUACAUUUUUAGUUUAAAACAAUUUUUGUUUGUAGUUAGUCAAAAAUGUUUUAAUUCUUAAAUAUUGCUAAAUACUAUUAAUUUAUGUUUAUUAUUUAUAUAAAUAACUGUAUGAACGUUAAGAGGUAAUUUAGAUUUUUUAAGCAGGUGAUGACUGUGGUAAAUGUUACAAUUAUAUUUUUUGCUCAAGCUCGUGAGUUGUCUAAAGUGAAGAGUACAACUGUUCAAUUGCCACAAACUUUACUUGGACACGAUUUACGGUCCUUAUUGGUAGACCAAUUUAAUUUAUUGUCCAUAGGAAAUGUAUUUAUAUUAGCUGUCAAUGAGAAUUAUAUAUCUGACGACUUGCAAAUUACUUUAAAAGCAAAAGACAUUGUGGCUGUUAUUCCGCCAAUAAGUGGAGGUUAAAAAAAAUGAUUGAUUUAAAGAUCGUGAAUUCUGAACUGGACAUUGGCUCUGCUAUGAAUUCUGUCAACUCGCCACAAUGUGGAGCUGUAUCAAUAUUUAUUGGAACAACUAGAGAACACUUUAAUGGAAAUAAAGUAAAAACAUUGUUUUACGAAGCUUACGAGUCAAUGGCGUUGAAUGAAAUGAAAAGUAUCACUGUGUUGACUAGACAAAAAUGGCCAGAAGUUGUGAACAUUGCAAUACAUCACAGGAUUGGCGAAGUAAAAGUUGGAGAAGCUGGUGUAGUGAUUGCCGCUUCAUCUCCACAUCGCAAACAUGCUCAAGAAGCUGUCUCAUUUAUACUUGAAAGAUUAAAAACCACUGUUCCCAUUUUUAAAAAAGAACAGUACGAAGACGGCAGUGGUAUAUGGAAAGCUAAUGAAGAAUGUGCUUGGAAGAGUAACAAUAUAUCUAAUUGUUAAAUAUUAAAUAAAUCAAGUUGGACUUUUAUUUUAUUUAUCAAUAUUAAAAAUAACUAUUAGAAUGAUGUGGUUGUGAAUUGAAAUAAGGAAUAAUAUGAUAUUUAUAUUAGUAUACAAUAUUACGAUUAUAUUAAUUACAAAUCUUUUGGCUCCUACGAGCUGCAUAUAACACUACAAAUAAUAUGUAUUAUCACUGUUAUUUACACGGUGUGGACAACCGUGGUAUUACUUACAACACUUUACUGAAGUAAGAAA